GGUGCUGGUCACGUGGUGGCGGUGUUCCGGUUCCGGUUCCGGUGCUGAAGUGAGAUUUGAGCUUUGAAAUAAAGGACGGAAGGUUUUUAUAAACUUCUUUAAAGGUGUGUGUGUGUGGGUCUUUGAGAGAUCUCCCUGAUGGGCGGCUGGUCCCGGGGCGCCGUGCUGGAGCUGUACCGAGCACUGCUCCGUGCAGGGCGCCACCUGCAGUACACCGACCGCAACUACUACCGCCGCAGCAUCGCCCACGAGUUCCGCCGCUGCCAGUCGCUCAGCGAGCCUCAAGAGAAGGAGGAGGCACUGAAACGGGGACAGUUCUUCCUCAACAGCCGUCUGGGAGGACUCGUCUAG